AUGCAUGCUUCAGCAACGUUGGUGCAUAACCUCAAUGCUCACACCGAUGAAGUCGCACGCCUAUCAUUCUCUCCAGACGGAAAAACACUAGCAGCCAAUGACGACUCAACAAUAACACUAUGGGAUCUCGAUACAGGAUCUCUUCGAAGCAAAUCCGAACCUGUGGACGACAUGUUUUUCGGCAUGGCUUUUUCGCCGGAUGGCAAAUGGAUAGCGGCUGCUUCUGAUGAAGGACAUGGUCGGAUUUGGAGUGUAGGAACGGGACAGUUGGUGCAUACUGUUAGUGUUGAGGAUGAACGAAUGUUGUCGGUGGUGUUUGACAAGGAGAGCAAGGUGCUUGUCACUGGAUCUGAAGUCUUGCGGGUUUGGGAUGUGGAGACUGGNGGGUUGCUGCGUGAACUCUCGGAUCCAGGUGUUCACCCCGCGUCUAUCACAUCAAUGAUGGAGGAAAGGGAGUACCCCGCAGAAAUCGUCACGGUCGAGUUCUCGGCGGACGGCAAAUGGUUGGUCUCUGGCUGUCCAAAUGCAUCUAUAGUGUGUAUCUGGAACACGCAAACAUGGAGGCUGGAGCGCACGAUUCGAGGAUACUAUGCAUUCUUCUCGCCCGGCGGUGGGCAUCUAGCAGUCCCGAUCGAUGAGCACCAUGUCAUUCAGGUAUACGAGACACUUACCUGGCAACUACAAAGCACCCUCAAGGAUGAAGUAGACGAACUCUUCUCGAGCACAUUCUCGCCUGAUAGCAAACUCGUCGCUACAUGGUCAGACCGCCAGAUAAAGCUAUGGUGUGUCAAGACUGGCGAAGUUGUCAGAACAAUCGAAGAUNNCGCCGAAAAGGUUCCAUCGAAGAUCCUCGAGAGGAGAGCUUCUGCACUUUUCUUCUCACCUGAUGGAAGAAUCUUGAUUACAGGUGCAGAAAAGUGUGAGCUUAGGGUUUGGGAUGUCGAAGAUAGGAACUACCCCGAGGAUGAAUAUGACCAAGACGAGGAAGACUAUGAUGAUGAAAACGAACCCGAGCCCGAACCAGCACCAAUCAGACCAGCUCCAGCUCCCACAACCACAGCACCUCCCAUCACAAACCCCAAAGACCUAGUCAACCAAAUUCACAUCCACCAAAGCAACAACAAAAACAGUAUUGCCAAAGAUACUUUUUACCUGGUCCAGAUCCGGUUACUCAUACCAGACUUGCCGGUUGCCAUAACCCGCGUCCUCCACGUGCCAGCCAUCCUCCUCUUCGAACAAUUCUCCGAUGCCAUCAUCACCGCCAUGGACUGGAACGGCAGCCACCUCUGGAAAUUCACCCUCGAGCAAAAACCAAAAUCUCCCACUACCGCAAAACUUAUGAAUCCUUUUCCAGACCAAGGCCGAGAGAUUUGCAAUGUCAGGGAUUCGGGACUUGGUCGUGAUGGUCCAGGUCUACACAAUCUGGGCCCUGUGAACCCGUCCAAAGACUUGGAUAGCAAAAAAGUGCGGCUUAUGGAUGUUUGGAAUUCGACGCAGGUUCCCGAGGUUAGAGCGCUCAAGAUGUUUUAUACGUAUGAUUGCUAUGGGGACCCUUGGUAUACAUCUGUUACGUUCAUGAGUGUCGUGGAACAAGGGUUGCAAGCUGCAGAGCUUGGGCUUAGGGUGAAGAGAAGACAGGCUGUUUGGUGCGUGAGUGGCUCGGGGGCGAGUAUGCCAGAAGACAUGCCAGAGGAAGAGAUGGAGGAGUGGGAAGAGGAGACUAAUAAACACGAGUGGGACAUUGGGCGUGUUAAUGGGCAGUUGGCUGAGGUGAAGGUUAGAGAGGCGUCGUCCUACCAACACGUUCUGCAGACCAUCAGGCGUAGUCCAUCAUGGGGACCGUAA